AUGGCGGCCCGAUCACGGCUAGGCUGCUUCUCCUGCCGCCGUCGCAAGAAGAAAUGUGACGAAGUGAAGCCCAUCUGCACAGCCUGCUUGCGCAAUGAUCUUCGCUGCGAAUGGCCAGAUCCGAAUGCGAGCCCUCGGGCCCCCGGCAGAGCAUCAGCCAAGGCAUCGGGAUCUACGCAAACAUUCGAUGCUACCCUUGUACCCGCGUCAGACGCGUGGGCCCUAGCCUCGAGAGAGUCUGCGCGUCGCAAUUUGCCCGCUACGAUCCCUGCCUCGCCGUCGUCUUUUUUGCUGCCGGGCUCGGCGAUUACGGGCUCGGAGACGUGGAGGCUGCUGGAUCAUUAUCUCAAAGAUACGGCGAAUCGCCUCGCUUGUCUUCAAGAUAGCGCGAAUCCGUUCCUUCAUACACUCUUGCCGGCGGCUCUGGGCGAUGAGUUGUUAAUGAAUUCCAUCCUCGCGCUGUCGGGCGUUCAUCUGAUGCAGCGACUUCCAGAGCUGAGUUCGGACAUUCAGUCCUUGACGUGGUCGAGCUAUACGCGCGCUUUGAAGCAGCUUCGGCUGACGCUCCCAACGGCGUUCGGGCAAGGCAGUAGCGUAGAUGCUGCAUGGCGCGCCCUGCUAGUUGUUUUAAUAUUCUAUCUUCUAGAGGCGACAAGGGGUAAUGAUCCGAAGGCUAUGCAAAGGCAUCUAGGAGGCGCACACCAUCUAAUGGCCUACGUGAAAAAUGCAAAUGCAAGUCCAACCCAACCUAGUAUCGUAUCUUUCACUACGGAGCUCUACAUAUACAAUGCCGCCCUCGCAUCAUUCACGACCAACUGCUCCCCGACCCCGAUUAUGCUCCCCAAUGCCUGGACCACGACCCCCGCGACCGCGGGUCCUGAAAUCGGCGUCCUAUGCGGCUGCGCUUAUGAGCUUUUCACUCUAGUCCCACGCGUCUCUGCCCUGCUCUGGGAAGAAUCAUCCCACUCUCAAUCCGGAAAUGGCCAAAAUCCACAUCUGGUCAGCCAAUACCAUGUCCUCCGAGCACAAAUCUCGAAUUGGAUUCCCCGCAGCGACCAGCAAGAAUUGAUCCUAUGCGCCGAACUCUACCAGCAAAGCCUACUGCUACUUCUUGACUCGCGGUUUGCCGAUGACGCGCAGAGUUGUAUCGAUCAGGCGUUUAGAGUGUUGGAGUCGCUUCUUUCCCGGUUACCACCUACAUCUCCCAUUGCGACGACGGCCACUUGGCCUGUUUUUGCUAUUGGUAUUCAUGCCCGUGAUCCGCAUCAGAAGGAGCUGGCGCGGUCUUACCUGCGUGAUCUCGUUCGGGUUUUUGGAAUGGGUGUUAUGGAGACGGCGUUGAACCAGCUUGAGGAGGUGUGGGCUGCUGGACCCGGGGUGGAUGUUGCUAGUAGGAUUUUUACGAAUCGGAAUGAAUUGCUUUUGUUAUGUUAG